CCGACCUCGAGCUGGCUCCUUCCUCUUCUUCUCUCCUCCUCACCACCAACCAAAGCAACCCCUCCCGCUUUCUGCAUGCUCUUUUCUGAACGAACGAGCGACGACUACAUCAUCAUCAACGUCUUCAAGUCCAGCUCACUUUAAACGAGAAGACCAACAGCUUCCCUUUUCACUGCCAUCACAUCCACAAUCAUGCUCGCUCCUCUGCGAUUUUCAAUUCGCCAGGCGCCCGCCGCCAACGGCCUGGCUCGCUCCAUGCUGGCGACUCGUGGCCUCGCUACGGCAGCACCAGUCACCUGGACUCCAGCACCCGAGUCCCAGCCGGCCUCGCUGCAUCUCAAGUCCGGCCACUCUUGGUCGGGCAAGUCCUUUGGCGCUCAGAUGCCCAAGCGCUUCGGCGAGGUUGUCUUCACCACAUCGAUUACUAGCUACACCGAAUCGCUCACCGACCCCUCGUACCAAGGGCAGAUCCUCACCUUCACUCAACCCCUCAUCGGCAACUACGGUGUGCCCAACAACUUCACCGGCACUUCGCCCGUAGGCAACGCAAAGGAUGUGGACGUCGGGUCCUUCCUGGAGAGUCGUGGGGUUCAGGCGGCAGGCGUCGUCGUCAGCAACCUGGCAGAGCGCUUCUCCCACUUCGAGGCAAUCGAGUCCCUCGCCAGCUGGUGUGCACGACACAACGUCCCGGGUAUCAGCGGCGUCGACACCCGAGCCAUUACGACGUUGCUGCGUGACCAGGGUUCCACGCUGGGCGCGAUCACCAUGGGCGAAGGGCAUGAAGUUGCUCCGGGCCAGGCAGACUUCACUGACCCUCAGACGGAGAAGCUCAUUGAGCGCGUCUCGACGAAGCAACCCUACACCAUCCACCCCGUCGGUGGAGCCUCUGCCGCUCGCGUGCACAUCGCUCUGCUCGACUUCGGCAGCAAGGCAAACAUUGUCCGCUGUUUGAUCCGCGAGGGAGCCUCCGUGACCGUGCUGCCCUACAACUACGAUUUCAACGCCGUGCGCGACCAAUUCGACGGGCUCUUCCUCUCUAACGGGCCCGGAUCCCCUUACUCCAUCCCCGAGUCAAUCGAGACGGUCAAGCGCACCAUCGAGCAGUGGGACAAGCCCAUCUUCGGCAUCUGCAUGGGACAUCAGAUCAUCGGUCUCGCAGCGGGCAUUGAGGCCUACCGCAUGCGUUUCGGAAACAGGGGCCACAAUCAGCCCGUCAUUGCCCUCGCCUCCACGGGAAGCAGCAUUAAGCGUGGCCGCGUCUACCUCUCGUCGCAGAACCACGGCUGGGCGCUCAAGCACCCUACGGCUGAGAAGCCAUGGGGCAAAUGGGAUGUCCUCUUCGGCAAUGUGAACGAUGGGAGCAUCGAGGGGAUCUGCUCUUCGCCGGACUCGGGCAAGCAGAUCUGGGGCGUGCAGUUCCACCCAGAGAAUGCUGGGGGGCCGGACGACUGCCAGGGAAUGUUCAAGGACUUCAUCGAUGUUGUUGAAGCGAAGACUGGGGGCAAGGGAGCAGGCAAGGGACUGGACAGCGGACUGUUGGCUCCCCCGCCUGAGGGACCAUUUGGAGCUGUUUUCAAGACAGCGGACGAGUUGCGCGUUUAGCGGAUGGGUCUAGUACGUAUUGUUCUAGCAUCUA